CCGUGGGACUCAGCUUCUGGCCUCACCCUGGGCUCCGCGGAUUGGCUGUCUCAACUCGCCUCCGCCCUGUGUACCACCGCGUCCCAGGUGGCUCAGGCCCCCAGCAGUGAUCUGUUUACCGAGAGAGCCCAGCCAAGUUGGGCUCCCUCUCUGCACACACUCCCCUCUGUGGACCGGCCCGCACAGGAAACGGGGAGAAAUCAGGCAGAGCCAUUCCUCGCCCUUUCCCUCCCCUCAUCGCCCGGAGAGAUCGGGUAAGGGGUGUUCCCUCCUCCCCCAGACAGCGAUGAUGACCCCCAAGCUGGCCGGACCUCCAGACGGGGGCUGGGGCUGGGUGGUGGCGGCCGCAGCCUUCGUGGUGAAUGGGCUCUCCUACGGGUUGUUGCGUUCCCUGGGCCUUGCCCUCCCUGACCUCGCGGAGCACUUUGACCGAACUGCUCAGGACACUGCGUGGGUCAGCGCCCUGGCCCUAGCCGUGCAGCAGGCAGCCAGCCCAGUGGGCAGCGCACUGAGCACCCGCUGGGGAGCACGCCCGGUGGUGAUGGUUGGGGGCAUCCUUACCUCACUCGGCUUCAUCUUCUCGGCUUUUGCCGGCAGUCUGCUACACCUCUACCUUGGCCUGGGCGUCCUUGCUGGCUCCGGCUGGGCCCUGGUGUUUGCCCCUGCCGUCGGGACCCUCUCCCGUUACUUCUCCCGCCGUCGAGUCUUGGCUGUGGGGCUGGCCCUCACGGGCAGCGGGGCCUCCUCGCUGCUCCUGGCCCCCGCCUUGCAGCUCCUCCUGCAUACUGUCGGCUGGCGGGGGGCCCUGCUCCUCCUUGGUGCCAUUACCCUCCACCUCAUUCCCUGUGGAGCCCUUCUGCGACCCCUAGCGCUUCCUGGCGACCCUCCAGCACCACCCCACGGACCCCUAGCUGCCCUCGGCCUAGAUCUCUUCACUCGCCGCUCCUUCUUAGUUUUUGCUCUGGGCACAGCCAUGGUGGGGGGUGGGUACUUCGUCCCCUAUGUGCACUUGGCCCCUCACGCUUUAGACCAAGGCCUAGGGGGGUAUGGAGCAGCGCUGGUGGUGGCGGUGGCGGCGGUGGCAGAUGCAGGCGCCCGGCUGGUCUGCGGGUGGCUGGCGGACCAGGGCUGGGUGCCCCUCACACGGCUGCUGGCGGUGUUUGGGGCUCUGACAGGACUGGGGCUGCUGGCCGUGGGGCUGGUGCCGGUAGUGGGAAACAAGGAGGGCUGGGAGGGCUCUCUGCUGGCCACAGCUGGGGCCUACGGGCUGAGCGCCGGCGGUUACGCCCCACUGGUUUUCGGUGUGCUUCCGGGGCUAGUGGGCAUCGAAGGUGUUGUACAGGCCACGGGGCUGGUGAUGAUGCUGAUGAGCCUUGGGGGGCUUCUGGGCCCUCCCCUGUCAGGCUUCCUAAGAGAUGAGACAGGAGACUUCACUACCUCCUUCCUCGUGUGUGGCUCUUUGGUCCUCUCUGGCAGCUUCAUCUACAUGGGGCUGCCUGGGGCGAUGCCCUCGUGCCAUCCAGCCUCAAGUCCAGCCACCGCUCCCCCUGAGAGGGGGGAGCUGCUCCCCAUUCCUCAAGUUGCCCUGCUCUCCCCAGGAAACCCUCACUCCACUCUAGACACCGCUUGUUGACCAUUUUCUUUUGGUUUGAGCCCAUCCCCCAAUAAAGAAUUUCUGGUUUUCCUGCAAGCUCCAAUUGUGAACCAAUCUAGGAUGCUGAAAACAUUCUACUUUAGAUAUUCAAAGAAGCUGAGUGAAAGAAACACUAAGCCCUGGGGGAGGGGAAGGGUAUCUAUCUGUUCAGCCAGUCCAUUUCUCUGUACCCAAGUUGUUGCCAAUAUAACAGGGAAUCUUUGAGAAGUUGUCUGCCUGUCAGCUUCAAUUUGUUUUGGGAGGGAGGGGGCCUCAUGGGUGCUACCUACUCCAUCCUCAUUUCACUUACUCAAAAUUGUUUCCUGAAUCUCAAUGUCCUUCUACUGGCCUGAGAUAAGUACAAGAAUCCUAGACCCAGACUUCAGCUCUCUCAGCUUUAGCUCCCUCUCCCAAACUACUCCCCUACAUGCACAUGCACGUGUACACACACACACACACACACACACACACACACACUGUGUCCCCACCAUUCUCUUAAUUUCUUUUCUAAGACACAGGAGAUAGUGGGAAAGAGGGAGGUCAGUGGGAAAGUGGGAGGAACUGUAAUCCACAGAGCAGAGGCCAGGGUUAAAAUCUAUGGGUCACCAGAGCUCUGGGACACCUCCCCUCCACCCCUCAAGUCGUGACCCCAUUCACCAACCCAAGCAUAUGGGCUCUUUCUGGGAUUUUGAUUAUUAUCCAGUUUUCUUAUUCAGUUUUAUCUCAAAGGAGCAUCCCUCUUUCCCAAACAUCUGUCUUCAGAGAAGAAACUUAGUAGGCAACACCA